UUGUUGUAUUUAUUUACUAAUAGGAAUAUGAAAAAUUCAACUAGAUUUGAUCCAGGAAUGAGGAAGAGACACAAUAGGAGGACAUCUGAUUCAGCUAAAGAUAAACAUUCAAACUCCAAGACACUCCAAGACAACAUAUCUGAUGUUAAGAAAAAGAAAGUAUCAGGAAAAUCAGAAAAGAAAAAGCUAGCAAAGCUAUUUAAUGAGAAAUUGUGUUUGUUAGAUUCACCACCCAGAAAACAGAAGAGGACUUCUAAAUCAGAAAGGGAAAAGCUUGCUGAAUUAUUUGGUGCCAAAGUCUCAUUGUCUAGUCCUAAGCAUGAGACACAGAUUGUAUCACCCAUAAAGGAUCAAGAGAACAGAGAUGUUACAUUAACAAAUCAGCACAAGGAAGAUUCAGCUGAACAGAAUAAACUGCAAGAAUUUUCACAUGGUCAACAGAAAAAGAAGAAAUCAAAGAGGAAGAAAAAUGAAGAAAAGUGGAAUAGUCCUAUCAAUGGAAAGAAUCUGACGGGAACAGAAUCAAAGGAAUUGAACCAGACAGGGGCAGCUGAUGAAUGUGAAAUGGGUCAUGAGGAUACACCCAGAGACACAUCUGGAUUCUGUCCACCUCCAGGAAUCGUCCACGAAUCUCUGAUGAAAGCAAAAGGGAAGUCAAGGAAAAAGACGUCCAUGGAUGUUGAGGGUGAGGAUGAAGAAGAGGAAACUCCGAGAAGAGAGAAAGCAGAACGUGACCCGAGUAAAGACUUCAGGACAGUGUUUGUGGGUAAUCUUCCUGUCAACACCAAUAAAAAGGGUCUUUACAAGUUAUUUAAGCAAUUUGGAUCCAUUGAGAGUGUUAGAUUACGCUGUGCACCCAGAUCCAACACAAAGUUACCUAAGAGGGCUGCUAUAAUCCUGAGAGACUUCCACCCAGAACGGGACAACAUUAGUGCUUACGUCUGCUUCAAGGAGGAAGACUGCGCUAAGAAGGCUCUGAAAAUGAAUGGAAAACUAGUUGAAAACCUUCACCUAAGAGUUGAUAUGUCAAACCAUGAUCCCAAGACGGAUUUUAAGCGCUCUAUCUUUGUUGGUAAUCUGCCACUAGACGUCAAGGAAGAAGACAUACGAAGUCAUUUUGUCAGCUGUGGAAAAAUUAGAAAUGUUCGAGUCAUUAGGGAUAACAAGUCAGGAGUUGGCAAGGGAAUCUGUUAUGUAACAUUCAAGUCCAAGGAUUCUGUGGCCCUGGCAAUGAAACUGAAAGGAACCGAGUUGUCUGGUCGUAAAGUGAGAAUCGAAUAUUUCACCAUGUUCAAGAAAAAUAAGAAGAGACCAGAAAUUUCUAAACCUCUGAACUUUGAGCACCGAGUCCACACAGGGUUUGACUCUGAGCAUGGGAAAUAUGUGGGUCUCCCCCCUCAGUGGAUGGGAAUUAUUAUUCCGGAGCAGCAGCAGGAACGACGGAAACCCAUGGUGGACCCCUCAACUAUCACAGACAUGGAAAUCCAACCCCUCAAGACAGUCAUCAGGGGAAGCUCUGCUCAGUUAAAUGGAUAUCAUGGAGGGAUUUCUGUGGCCAGGUCAAACUCCUUACGACAGAGCAGCCCCCCACAGCAGAGGAGGAGGUACGUUCCCGAUUCCAUGUACCCUGUCCCCGAGGCUCAACACGACCGGUCACCGAACCAAGACAGGAUUCCCCCAGGCUAUCCCACAAAUGGACGAGGGGACCCAAACUUUGACCAGUACCCAGGUGAUUAUCGACAGGAUCCUCGAUACCCUCCUCCCGACCACAGGAGAGAUAACAGAGACCCUAGAGGAUAUCGAGACCCGAGGGAUUACCAGCGGGAUCCCAGAGAAUACCAGCGGGAUCCUCGGGAUUACCCCAACAGAGGGCCCCCACCCCAGGGGUACAGGGACGGACACAUGAUGGAGCAUGAACGACGCUCCGAGGACUUCAGAGGUCCAAACGAUUCAUUCGAUCGAAGAGGAAACGAUUCAUUUGAUCGGAGAGGGAAUGAUUCCUUUGAUAGGAGGGGAAAUGACUCUUUCGACAGGAGAGGUCCGAAUGACAGUUUUGACCGAAGAGGUCACAAUGACUCUUUUGACAGAAGGCAGCCUAACAAUGACACUAUGGACCGGCGGGGUCCUAACGAUUCCUUUGAUCAUGAUAGGUCACGUGACCAGGAAAUGUCGUACCCACCUGCCAAAUAUAACCACAUGCCUCCGGGAAUGCCUCACGGGGGUAGGAGUCCUCCUAGGCACCCUGAAGAUUUCAGACAUAAUCAAAUCUCCAACGGGCCAGGUCCUAAUCGUCACCAAGGAAUGCAAGGUUUCAACAAGCAGCCCCUGCCUCAUCAUGAUAAUGUACCUCAUCCACAGCAGGGCUAUCAACAGGCACCUCCUAAAAUGGGGCCUCCUCAGCAAUCCCCCACCAAACCUCCUCCCAGCGGGUCAAUACCUGAACAACAGAGACUAUCACAUGAACAGUUCAGAGCAGCAUUACAAAUGGUGGUCAGCCCAGGAGAUCCGAGAGAGGACCUGGAUAACUUCAUUAAGAUCGGAGAAGGAUCGACGGGCAUUGUGUGUAUCGCUACCCAGACCAGCACGGGGGCCCAGGUGGCCGUGAAGAAGAUGGACCUCCGCAAACAACAGAGGAGGGAACUCCUGUUUAAUGAGGUGGUGAUCAUGAGGGACUAUCAUCAUCCAAACAUUGUAGACAUGUAUGACAGCUUCCUGGUGGGUGAUGAAUUAUGGGUAGUGAUGGAGUUCCUGGAAGGUGGUGCUCUGACAGACAUUGUAGUAAACCAGACAAGCAACAAGAUCGAUGAGAACCAGAUAGCCACGGUGUGUAAAGCCUGCCUGAAAGCUCUCUCCUUCCUCCACUCUAAUGGAGUCAUUCACCGCGACAUCAAAUCCGACUCCAUCUUACUCUCCCAGGAUGGGAAGGUAAAGCUAUCUGACUUUGGAUUCUGUGCACAAGUUACUCAAGAACUGCCUAAAAGAAAAUCCCUUGUGGGGACUCCGUAUUGGAUGGCACCAGAGGUCAUCUCAAGGCUACCAUACGGACCAGAGGUUGAUAUUUGGUCCUUGGGUAUUAUGGUGAUAGAGAUGAUUGAUGGGGAACCGCCAUUCUUCAACGAACCUCCCCUGCAGGCGAUGAGAAGGAUCCGAGACAUGCCACCACCAAAGCUCAAGAACGCACACAGAGUGUCGCCAAGGUUACAAGGCUUCCUGGAGCGUAUGUUGGUCCGUGACCCAGAUCAGAGAGCCACUGCGUUUGAAUUACUGCAGCACCCGUUCCUGAGGGGGGCAGAUAAGCCCUCCUGUCUUAUUCCCCUGAUGAAGACCUUCAGACACAGUCCUUGCUUGGUUGUAAAUGACUGGAUGGAAUGUAUUUCGAGGUCAUUCACUCAUACCAGGCCGGGCUGCAUUAGAUGUAAAGAUGGAGAUGUUGAAUGUUUAAACCUAUUAAUAAAAAGAGUUAUCUCCCCGAAAUCCGCAGUUUGGCUGAAGUCGGGCUCGGAAAUCGCCAAGAUGAAGCUGAAGGAAAACGUCCCCUUUUCGAUUACAGAAUUAUGGUCAACAAAAACAGAUUACAGAUUUAAUUGCUUGUGUCUAGGCACACUGUUUAGAGAAGCUGGAUUAAAUUUGGCCGUGGGUGGAGAGGAUGGUGUAAUAAGAGUGUACGAUCUGACAAAGGAUGGCGGAUACAAAUCUACACAGCUCUCCUUGGAGACAAAGAGUGGUCCAGUUCAGGCGAUGAAGAUUGAGGACAUCACUAAGUUUUACCACAAUGAUUUAGUGGCUGUCGACUCAUGUGGGAUGAUGACUGUGUUUUGUAAUCGUCAGAUUUUAUGUCGACAGAGCAUUACAGACAGCUGCCUCAACUGUCUCCAGAUUCAAAAAGAUAAAACUGGCAAUAUGGCCAUUGUACUUAGCAGUGACAGCGGUGUGGUAUGUGGAGUUCUUCCAUCCAAUGUGUUGUGGCGCAUCAAUCUGAACGACCUUAAGUUAAAUCAGGUGUGUAGUUCGACGUUGUCAGUAAAAUGUCAGUUGACAGUGAACCUGACUAAUGAACAUAGUCAGAGGUCUAGUUACGUCCUCGUAUCCGACAAUGACUGUCAACUGUAUGUCAUCCACCAAGGGGCUGUCGUCAUGGUGAUCAAAACUCCUAGCAUCAUCACAGCUAUGUGCAGUGGAAAUUUUGUAAAUACAGAGAAGCUACCAGUGACCUUGUCAACCACCUCAGGGUCAAGGUCAGGGGAACAAGUUGCUCUGGGGUCAGACACAGGGGCUCUCUUUAUUUUCCACAACUUUUCUAUAACAGAAUUCGCCAAUGCUCAGUAUCCUAUCACCAGCUUGAGUAAGCUCCCUUUCCCUGAUUUGGAACAGGAUCUUCUCUUGUGUGCUGGCUACUUCAACGAGCUGCUGAUCUACUCUGAUGGCAAGCUCCUGGACAAGUUUGCCGCGUCUGAUUGGAUCAGUGGUGUAGACACGGCCGACAUUGACGGUGACGGCGUACAGGAAGUAGUUUUUGGUUGCCUAGACAACACACUACAUUCCAUCAAGUUCUCCCCUCCCUAACUAGCCUCAAUAAAAACUUAUUUAUACAGAUGAAGA